AUGCAGUUGUUGAAUUGUUGUAUAUUACAGGGCUCCAAAUCCUCAUGUGGUAAAGUCGGUUUAAAGAACCUUGGAAAUACGUGUUUUAUGAAUUGUGUAUUACAAUGUUUAAGUAAUACUAAACUACUAGUAGAAUAUUGUACUACUGACAGCUAUCAUUUAGAUUUAAAUAAAACUAAUAGUAGUAUGAAAGGAGCCUUGAUGAAUGCUUAUGCCAGUUUAAUGAAUUCUUUAUGGAAAAAUUCAGAUACUUUUGUCUCUCCUAACCAGUUUAAAACACAAGUACAAAAAUUUGCACCUCGUUUUAUGGGUUAUUCUCAACAAGAUAGUCAAGAGUUUUUACGGUAUUUAUUAGAAGGUUUACAUGAAGAUGUCAAUCGUGUCACUAAGAAACCUAAACCUAUGAUUUUAGAUGAUGUUAAAUUAGAAACAAAAAGUGACAAUGAAAAAGCUCAUGAAUAUUGGACAGCUUAUUUAAAUAUAGAUAAUAGUAAAAUUGUAGAUAUAUUUGUUGGUCAGUUAAAGAGUGAACUUAAGUUUUCUUGUGGUCAUCGCUCAGUGACCUUUGACCCUUUCUGGGAUUUAUCGCUUCCAAUACCAAAGUAUACAACAGAAGUUUCUGUAUCUGAUUGUCUGAAAUCUUUUAUGAAAGAGGAAGAAUUAGCUGAUGAAGAAAGACCUACAUGUUCAAAAUGCAAAGAAAGAAGAAAAUGUUCAAAAAGUUUUUCAAUCCAGAAAUUUCCAAAAAUAUUAGUUUUACAUUUAAAACGAUUUAGUCAAGAAAGAUAUGGUCGUAAAUUAUCCACCUCAGUUGAUUUUCCUGUUACAGAUUUAGAUUUAUCACCUUAUGCUGCAGAACCAGGUGGUAAUAAAGCCAAAUAUAAUUUGUAUGCUGUUAGUAAUCAUUCUGGUGGAGUCCAUUCAGGUCAUUAUACAGCUAUCUGUAAACAUCCUUAUUCUUCAGAUUGGAACUCUUUUAAUGAUACAAGGGUGUCACCAGCCAGGUCUAAUCAAGCUGUAUCCUCAGAAGCUUACUUGUUAUUUUAUGAACUUGCCAACCAGUCAGCCAAAUUAUAA